GAGGCGCUGGCGAUGUGGAAGUGCCAAAGAAAUGGAUGAAGUUGUUGCUGAGUUUAUCAAGAGGACCAUCUUGAAAAUCCCAGUGAAUGAAAUGAUGACAAUCCUAAAAGCCUGGGAUUUUUUAUCUGAAGAUCAACUGCAGACUAUAAACUUCCGGAAGAGAAAGGAAUCUGUUGUUCAUGACUUGGUUCUGCUUUGUGAGGAGAAGCAUGCGAGUGUCAGUGACGCUGCCCUUUUAGACAUCAUUUAUACUCAAUUUCAUCGACACCAGAAAGUUUGGGAUGUUUUUCAGAUGACUAAAGAACCAGGUGAAGACAUUGACCUUUUUGAUAUGAAACAAUUCAAAAGUUCAUUUAAGAAAAUUCUUCAGAGAGCAUUAAAAAAUGUCUCGGUCACCUUCAGAGAUGCAGAAGAGAAUGCAGUAUGGAUUCGAAUUGCCUGGGGGACACAAUAUAAAAAGCCAAACCAGUACAAACCUACUUACGUGGUGUAUCAUUCCCAGACUCCAUAUGCCUUCGUUUCUUCCUCCCGGCUGAGGAGCAGUAUUCCCCUUCUGGGUCAGGCACUGACAAUUGCUAGCAAACACCAUCGGAUUGUGAAAAUGGACUUCAGAAGCCGAUAUCUGGACUCUCUUAAGGCUAUUGUUUUUAAACAGUAUAAUCAGACUUUUGAAACUCACAACGCUACUACACCUCUACAAGAAAGAAGCCUUGGGCUAGAUAUAAAUAUGGACUCGAGGAUUAUUCAUGAAAACAGAAUAGAAAAAGACAGAAUCCAAAGAGCAACUCAGGAAUGCUUCGGAGACUGUCCCCAGCCAAGACUGGAAUUCGCACAGUACAAGCUUGAAACGAAAUUCAAAAGUGACUUAAAUAGAGGCAUCUUGGCUGAAAGAAAAGAACCCCUCCGGUGCCUAGUAAAGUUCUCUAGUCCGAAUCUUCUGGAUGCGUUGAAAUCCUUAGCACCAGCAGGUAUUGCAGAUGCUCCACUUUCUCCAUUGCUCACUUGCAUACCCCAAAAGAGAAUGAAUUAUUUUAAAAUUAAAGACAAAUAAGAUGUAUAUGGUUUUGUAAGCAUCGCAUCUCCCUGACUAUAUUACAUAAACAUUUCACUUCAUGGCUAGCUGGAUGGCUUCUGUCCAAAAACUUGUUUUUUAAAUAUGAACCCUUAAUAUUGUGAACCCUGAAUAUUAAAAAUGUUCAAUAUAA